GAAGAUGGAUCCUUCAAUGAACGGAGAAGGGGAGAACUGGUGGUGCCAGCCCCAAAAGUCCAGUCCAUACAUGCCAGAGUGUAUUGCUUCAUCAUCCUUGCCCCAUCAUCAUCAUCAACAUUGAACCAGAACCAUUACACUGGUGAGUCAGAUCUCAGGAAGCCUACAUCAGAGGGGGUGAGGGAUGCAGGCACCCCCAAACUGGGCCUGACAGACUCCCAGCUCCUGUGGCUAAAGGACACAAUGAGCUCACCACCUGCUGCAUCUCUCAACAUUCACAAUCCAGCAGCUGCAGAGACAGAUGCUCCACCUGCCCACAUGAAGGGGAUGCUGGCAGCAAGGGAGCACAUUUUACAGCAGCUAGGUAUUGGAAGAGGAAGCUUGAAAAAACCUUCAGUUUCCAUUCCUGGUGGUCCUGUGGCCCCCACAACACAUCCUGUACAGGCCUGGCAGUCUCAUGUACCUGUACAGGCCUGGCAGUCCCAUGUGCCUGAACAGGCUAGACAGUCUCAUGUACCUGUACAAGCCUGGCAGUCUCAUGUACCGGCACAGGUCCGACAGUCUCAUGUGAGUGGACAGGCCUCUCAUGCACCUGAACACACAAGUGUCCCCACACUGGCUGACUGGGAUGUAGAAAGUAUCAUCCUCAUUACAAGCAUCUAAUUCUAUGUAGUAUCUGAAUUGGUCAAGACAUUUUCCUUCCUUCAUGCAACGUACAUACAUGAUACCGUAUUGCCAUCGUCAAACAAUAAGACAGUUAUUACUGUGUCCCUAUGUAUGUCAAGCCUGGGCCAACUUUAUCAUGUUGUAACUUUUGUAAACUAUGCUUGUGUUCUAUAUUGCGAUUAUGUCACCGUGAUGCAGUGGUAGGCAAAAAGCAGGUGUUUUACAAAAUAUUGAUUUACAUAUUAACCAGUAAUUUAACCUGCUACUUUGGAUAUGAAUUUUUGAUCCAAUCUACUGACAUCCUGGUAGGCAGCAGCCGUGGAAUACCCUGGAUAUAAACAACAGCGAUUGCUCGUAUUGCUUGAGAGUGCUUAAACCCAAGUUGUGUUUUCUACAGCAAUAUCUAUGCAGCAUAUGUGGAGGGCAUGUAUGGUGGGCUUGCAGCAGCAGGUGGCUAUGCAUAUCCACUCAAUGAUACACCACCAAAACCCCGUCAUGGCUCCAAAGAUAGAGGCAAUAAGCUUGCACAGACCCCACCAGAGCAAAACAAUGGACUGACGAAGGACAAUUCGAAAACUCCGGAAAAAAUGCAACAAGAUAGACUGGGUGUCAAGAUACUGGGAAUGGAAUCAUACCAGACUUAUGUUGAAAAGAAAGUUGAGGAGGAACCAAAGAAA